AGUUCGCGUUGUUCAGCGCCAGUCGAUUGUGGAAUAGUAGACCAGCUGACUGGAAUUGUCAUAAAUACACCAAAAAAAAAUGUCCCGGUCUCGUUCCAGUAGGGAUUCGUCGCGAUGGCAAUUGUAAGGGCCCCCGGCUUGUCGAUCAGCGUCAGACGAACUGUCUAGCGUCGAUCGAGACCCGUUCCUGGCCCCAAUUUCGGCAAGAGAUGGACGAACAGCCAUGGAUGGGAUGGGAGACGCAGUGUUGAACAAUGGCAGCUGUGACAGUUUGCCAUUCGAGCCGGAGAACCGUCUCGAGGAAAUACAAGACACCAUCAGUGAAACCAGUAAAGUUAAGAUCAACAGUAUCCUUAAAGAAGUUGAUACACUUACUCCAGUUGAGAAACUCUUAUUAUAUUUUAAAUUACCAACGGAAAAAAGUCUUGUUGAUCCAUUAAAGCAGCCCACCAAUCCAUUAGGAAGUCGUGUUGAGAUUAAUCUUACCAUACAGUGGAUUAAAACUCAUCUUGAAGAGGAUCCUGAUAUUUCAUUGCAAAAGAAAAAUGUUUAUGAUGAAUACACAUCAUAUUGUAGUGAAAAUCAGAUUAAACCACUUUCGACAGCCGAUUUUGGUAAGGUAAUGAAACAGGUCUAUCCUAGGGUUAAACCAAGAAGGUUAGGAACAAGGGGAAACUCACAAUAUUGCUAUUCUGGACUUAGGACAAGAAUUAAGUUGGGAACGCCUGGUCUUCCUGAUCUAUCUCAAAAACCACAAUCGACCGAAUUUACAAUAUGGAACGAUUCGGAUGUCUUUGCGGCCGUGUGGUGUAUCAUUAAGGAAUGGUCAGAAACAAAACUCGGGUCCAAGUUUAAUUCAUGGUUCAAUUUGGCACACUUUCUCGUCAAGAAUCAUUCAAUUGGAGCCGGGACGAAUGCUGCCUCUGUGAUCAUAUCUGCCAUUCAAAAUGAGCAGAACGGUGAUUUAACAAAUGCUGUGAAUAGUAACAGACACAAGGAAGCGAUAAGAAAACUUCAACAGAAAUGCGAGGGAAAAGAGCAAAAGCGGAAAUUACAAGUUCAGCAAGUAAAACAAGAACCAAAAUCGCGUUCAAAAAAACCAAAAGUAGUUUUGCCGUCGUCAACGUCAACAAGUCGAGGUUCAUCGCCAUCGUCAUCGUCGUCAUCGGCUGAAAACAAGCUGCAAAGUCCGCAAUUGCAAGGUCCGAAACAAGUCUGUGAUAUAGAUUUCCGGAACGGCGCGGCCGCAACUCAACAACAGGAUGCGACGCCACCGCUCCUGGCGGCCGUUUCGUUUCACAGGCCGCCGGCGGCUGUUGAAGGUAAAGUAGCAAUACCGCGCCUUCCAACCGCGUCAAAACAACAACAAUUACAAUCCCCGCCCGAUUCAACGGCGCCACGUUCCAAGAACAUGAAGUACAAACACAUCCAGCCGAAAUGUGAUAUGAGCACGUACAACCUGCAGCAGACAACCACUGUUAACGUCGCGCGUGGUUCUGCUGCGAACCACCGAUCUCAAGAAACUUUAGGAGGUAAGUUAAAUAGUAGAAAGUUAAAGAAAAGGGAGGAAACGGUCACCGCAAGUUUCCUUGAAGAUGACACGACGGAAUUGUUAUCACGGCAACGAUUAAUUAGUGUGGGAAAUUUGGAUAAGGACGCGUUGGAUGAAUAUUUAGGAAAAAAUAAUAGUCAAGAAACGGAAGAAGAAAUAAUGCAUUAUUAUGAAAAUUCAAGGUUCGAAGAUACAAAUAAAACUAUACAAUUAUCACAAUUAAGAUCACUUUUGGAGCAAUCAACAACUGUACAAGAUAAUAAUGCAAAUUUAAAAAGUAGUUUAAAGCAAGACGCUCCGGUUGUUUUACCGAAUUUUCAAGCGAGUUUGGGUCGACGUCGAGUUAGUUUUGAUCCGCAAUAUCCCGAAGAGGUCCCCCCAAGUCCGAAUACGCGUACUAAAAAUUAUUCUUUUACGCCAAUAUCACCUGGAUCAAAAUCUCCAAAAUCCUCAAGUGCAACUCCAAGUCCUUUUGUUAGUCCAAGAAAUACACCUUUACCAAGAGCAAGAGGUAAUUCUCAUCCUUAUCUUUUAACUAAUUCACUUUCCAAAAAACGAAAAAAUGUUAAAGAAUUCGACGUCACUCAAGUUAAUAUAAAUAUGCCAAUGUCAGCCCCUCCAAGUCCAAAAGUUGCGUUUUCACAUAACACACAACCUACAUUUACUUAUAAUGUAUCAACAAAUGUUCAAAAUGAUCAAUUAUCAGCUGAAGUUAGUAGUUUAUUUGAUAGUUUACCACCAGCUACAGAUCCAAUUUUAAUGAGAUCACAAUCUGUUCCAGUGAAUGUAGCUCAAAAUUUUAAUACAAUUCCGUUUUAUGAUUAUAAUUUUCACGAACAACUACAAACAACAACAAAUCAACUAACUUCAGAUCAAUUAACCUCAGAACAACUUACAAAAGAAUUAUCAACAAGUGAGCAUACUUUUGGGCCUGUUGAUAAUAUUUUAACAAAUUCGAUUGAUUUAAAUUCCUUGAAAAUAAAUCCGUCGCGUUCAGUUCCAAGUACUCCAAUUCCUGUUCAACAACCAGAACAUAUAAUAACAAAUGCGGAAGUAAAUUCGUAUUCAUCGAGAUCGUAUCCAUCGACACCGAUGACAAAUGAAACGUUUCAAUAUGGUGGAAAAACUAAGGAUUAUUUAUUAAACGGGCAACCGAUUAAAGAUAAAAAACCGGAUGAGGAUAUUGCUGGGUUGCCUUUAAUAGAUAUGGAGGGGUUGGAAAUUGGUCAUGGAUUGCAAGGAUUAGAUGCGAUCGACAAUAAAGAGGACGGUUUUUUUGUGCAAUUGGAUGGAACGGUAACCGGUUUUACGGUUAAACAAAACGAGGAAGACUUUGAGGGUAUCGAUGGUGAUUAUUUUAAAGGUGUUACUGAUGGAUAAUGAAAAAAAGUUCUUUUUUGUUUUGACUAAUUGAUAAGGAUAAUGAUGGUAAAAAACGUGAUAGACUUAAAAAUCAUGAUGAGGGUUGUAAUUUUUCUUCUUUUUGUUUUAAGAUGGGAAGUUUUAUUAAUUUUUACUUUCUUAUUAAUUUGUGUUUGAAAAA